CAUGGGCCGAGACGAACCUGGUUGUUGUUAUAAUCAUCGUUUUAGUUGAUGUGAAAAAAAAAAUCAUCGGUGCAACACAAGUGUUGUUUAAAUCCACUAAAGAAUCAGUUAAUUUCUACUAUUCUGUCCUCCAGUGUGAACUACACUAUGGCAAACGUUGAAACAACACCGAAGGGGAGCGUUGAAAACAACAAUGACAAUACAGCGGUGGUUUCUAAUUUGGACCCUGAUAAAUCGAAAGGAGUAGAGUUCGUCUGGACCUUGCAGGCCACCUGGGCUCUGGUUCGCACUCGACUGGCCAUGGACUCCGAGUUUGACCAGCCAGUCUUUAAGAAGAAGAAGCUGUGGGAGACUGUGGCUGAGAGGGUGACGGCCAAUCUCAGAUCUGCAGGGAACCAAGAUGUCACCGUCAAGGCCUAUGAAUGCGACCUAAAAUGGAGAAACAUGCUGGCGACUUACAGGAAGAACGCAGAGAGAGCCAAGAGGCAGGGUGCACAGAGUGUUCACUGGGAGUUCUUUCAGGCCAUGCAUGAAGUUCUGGGAAAAAGCAGGGAAGAGGUAGCAGCGCAGAAGAAACUGAACGGUGCCAAAUUAGACAGAGCUAUAGCGGCUAAAAAAUUCACUCCAAUCCUUCCUACUCCAUCUCUGCCUUCAGCUCCCUAUUCCUCUCGGCCUCCUCAGGAUGUAUUGCAAUUAUACCUAGAGCUGCAGGAGAGGAAGAUGAAUCUCUGGGCACAGCAAAAGGCUUUAGAGGAGAGGAAGAUAGAAGCCAUUAACAACCUGGCCAGAGCCAUCUCCAGCUUAGCUGAGGAAAGUAACUCCCAGUUACCAAAGUAAAGCAGUGGAUAGUUGAUAGCAUGUGGCUCAGAGUGGUGUAGUGUCUUUCUGUGAAUAUUGAACUUUGUCUUGAGACUGCAACUGUCAGGCUGUUCAUGGAGCAAGAGCUCUUGAAUGCAAUGGCUUCCAUCAUGGAUUUUCAUAGAUUUUGAAAAGCUUUACUCUUCCUUU